AUGAACUCAGUCAGCCUGUACCUGGCAGUGUGGUUCACAGUCCUGUUCACACUUGAUCGAUAUGUAGCUAUCUGUUGUGAAAGACUGAAAACAAAGUAUUGCAGACGCAGGAAAGCGGCUGCAGUUAUAAUGAGCAGCACUGCUCUGGUUUUACUUGGUAAUGUACCCUAUUGGUUUGCUUAUGAACCUGAGAAAGUAAUUGAUCAUUUAGAGUGGGGUUGCCGCGCCAAUGUGAACUUCUUCACGUCUCUUGCAGGUGUAGCAUUCUCUUGGUUACAAAGUGUUUUUGUUGUUUGUCUUCCAUUUUCGUCGAUUUUCAUGUUUAAUUUCUUGACAGUCAGACGUAUUGUAGUAGCAAAUAGAUCUCGCAGUGCCAUUCGGGGAUGCAGCAGUGAGCGUCAAAGAGAUCCAGAGGUCGAGAGUCGAAGAAAAUCCAUUAUUUUGCUGUUUGCGAUUUCGGCCAGUUUCAUACUUCUGUGGCUGACAGCAGCGGUGAGCUUUUUAGCCACAAGGAUAACAAACACUGCACGUUAUCAAGAUAAUUAUGCAGCUCCUGCCUACAUUGCCACCGAAACUGGCUACAUGCUCAUGUAUUUCCACUCGUGUACAAAUGUGUGCAUUUAUGCAGCCGUUCAAAGUAAAUUCCGGCAUGAGCUGAAG